AACAUACUCGUUGUGGCAAACGCGAGAGCACUAGAAAUUGCAUUCUCUUAUUCAGAUGAUUCGGAUCUCUGACCAAAGAGCUUGCAAAAGAUACGCUUACAGUUCGAUGCAAAUGAAUGAUCGACCUUAUGACAGAUGUAUGAGCCAUUCUGACGCGCGGUGAAUUAAGCACUGUCCAGUGUGGGAGGCACAUUUCGCCGAAUGGAACUUGCCAUGCGUCCAUGCAUGGACACAUGGAAGAUGGGUGGAUCAGUUAUUGGACAGGCCGUGGGAGGCUGAGUGGACAGAUGCAAUGAAGUUUGCCUGAGGUCGAAUUUAUCGUGUCGUUUGAUCGAAAUUCGAUGAGUUGAUUGGCAACAGUCCGGCAAGCCAGGAGCAAUGGUAGAGACAUAUUCUCGUCCACGGAGUAGUGGUUCCUCAUAUGAAGAUUAUCCUCGAGGAUAUGAGCCAUCUGCCCCGCCUUACCACUCUGCUCCAGAUUAUCAUCCUUCAUCCCCACAUGCCUCUCCUGCUGACGAAUUUGAGCAGCGGCUGCAUCGCAGGCAGGAGGAUGAGUUUCCCAGGAACCCCAGGGAGCCUUUCUUUGGACCUGCGGAUGAGCAUGAGACUCUCGGAUCCUAUUUAGUGCACAGAUUGAUCCAGCCAGUUUGGCGAGGAUCGCGCACUGUGUUGAGGAUUGACUUAAGUCGGAGUUUGAAGUACAAUGGGCCGGUGGUUGGUCGUGGACGUGGCGGAGGAGUGGGAGGUCCUUCUGGAGCCUCUGCUUCUGUUGGAGGCCGUGAUUAUUACGAUGGCAAGGAUGAUACACACACAAGCAGAGGAUGGUUGAGUGGAAUCCAAGGAGGGGGUGCCCGUCUGAAGCUCAUGCAGGUUUGGGAUGCCCCACAAAACAUGAUAGGAGAGGCAAGAAAGCACUGGGACAUUAAUUUUGGAUUUGGGAUCAACGUAGAGUUGGAUAAGGGUCGAUUGCAUCCAAAGCUUCGGCUGAAGGCAAGGCACGUGGCGUUGCAUCUUCUUCCUGUACCAGAAAUUGAGCUGCGAGGAAAAUGGCCUCUAGGGGGUACCAGACUAGCAAUAAAUGCGAAGUAUAGAAUACCUCUCGCAACGACUUUUGAGGAGAUUUGGAGUAGCACCGGUGCUAGGCUGAUGAUCAGCUUUUUUAAUCCGCUAGGAACUGGGGUGCAUUUGACACCUGGAGGUCUGGAGUUUGAUGAACAUUUAAUCAGGCUUGGAGAACAUACGAAGCUACGACUGGCAGCCUCUGUAGAUUUUCCUCGCAAGUUUCCUCUGGAAGAGGGUGAGCAGCCCGUUCGACUAAGAGUUCAUCGCCUGGGAUUGAAAACGUUGAUAAUGCCUACUACAAAAGAAAAUAACCCGCAGCUCGAUGGUUCACAUAAUGCUCAUGCCGUCUGAGGACCGCGUCGCCCAGUAGUAUGUGCCUGUCAUAGUCUGAAUACAAUAGACUCGCCGUUGUGAAUUUUAAGUGGACGGAUUGAAAUGAGACUCAGUUGUCCCUAUGAAAUAUUGUGUACAAAUCGAUCAGUCUCUUGACGCAGGUAGUUAUUCAUGAGUUGUCUCGGGAAGGACAAAGUUCUUCUUUUCGUCGCAUAUUCCUUGUGGUUAGUGUUACUUCCUCUUGUUUGCUGGCAGCAUCAACCAGGUGCAAUGUGCUAAGUGGUGAGUGGAGACCCUGAUGUUUUCCAUUUGAUAAUUGACUUGUACACUGUUGUAGGAAGAUAUGAGCUUGUAAUACAGUACUUCUUGAAGUAGGAACACUCGAAAUCCUGUUGUAAAUGAGGAAGAACAUAUUGGAGUAAAUUUUAAUCCAUCUCAGUUCGCCUU